AUGACCCCAAAGGACCGGCUCGGAAACCGGUACCCCCUCAAUUUCGUGAACCAUAAGCCCAAUUACUGUCGCGUCUUCCGUGCUCCAACAAAGGACAAGGCUGCGCAGAAGUUCGAACACUUCUUGGGAUACUUCGAGCGCCAGUUUGAGUGCCGCAUCCACGUACUAAGGGCGGAAGGUCGUGCCGAGUACGCGAAUGUAGAACUCUUUUGUAAGUCGACUGGUGUCGCAGGGCAGGUCAGCAAGGCACGCAACCAGGCGUCGAACGGCAAAGCCGAGCACCUGCACCGAACGGUGUUAAACAGGGCACGGUCAAUUAUGCGUGUCGCCUCCCGUGUCGUUUUGGGGUGA